AUGCAAAUGCGCUCUACUGUGAUUCCAUGUGAGCUUCAUGGCAUAGCGACGAAUACUACAGUAACCCAAGUGGGCGGAGUCAAGGGAAAUCUUAAAAGUAAAGUGUUCUUCAAAGGAUGGAUAACAACACCGCCGCAAGAUCAGAAACAGCGGUAUUCAGAUUGUUUGCGGCCGUAUCGGAAUCCGUUUGGAGGGACAAGUUGCCAGGAAGAAGUGAAAAAGGAUUUUGAAGCUCUUCGACGAUAUCCACAGAUGCCGAUAUCCGGAUACCCGAUCUACAGGUUGACGACACGCAAGUACUACCAGGAUACCAAUGACAAAGAAGAUUUCAGCACACAUACCAGAUUGAAGGACACCGCCAGAUCAUCGAUUCACUUAUGGAUGUCUAGGAAUAAACUUGGAGACUUAUGUACACCACAGUGCCGAAAGGAACAUCAGAUCCAGAUGAAGCGAUGGCACCAUUCUUGGAAAUCCAGAAGGAGAGUACCGACGAUCCGAUGUUCGGAACGUCAUCAAGGAGCAAUGGAUCCUUCCGCGUACUGCUCCGAAAUGAAUGAGGAGAAUGAUCAAACAUCUUAA